AUGGCGUCCCUAAAACAAACUCUCCUGGCAGCCUUAGCAACAACGUCCUUACCCCAACCAAACACCAAUAGCUAUUAUCGCUCACGACCUGACCUUGCACCACCUCAAUUAAAUAUCACCAUCCCCGCCACAAGCCCCGAUGGCUCCGAAUACGUCUUCAUCGCUCCUUACUCGAUGAGUGGAGCCCUCGGACGGCCCGGUCCGUACAUCUACCGCAAAGAUGGCGACUUGGUGUGGGCUGGCACAGGGUACUACGCCGGUUUCGUGGGGAAUUUCCAUCCUACCACAUAUCAGGGGAAACCUGUUCUCCAGGCAUUCCAGGGUAAUAUGGAUACUUCCCAUGGCGAAGGGUAUGGUCAGCAUGUCCUGCUAGAUCAGAGCUAUCAGCACGUUGUUACCUCAACUGCCGGGAACCAUCGUGUUUCGUCGAUCCACGAAUUCAAUAUUAUCCAGGGAGAGACGGCUUUGAUUGAGGUCUUUUAUACCACCCCGGCGAAUUUGUCGGCUUAUGGUGGGAAUUCUUCGCAGCAGUGGGUGGGGAAUGGGAUUUUCCAAGAAAAUCAUAUUGCCACGGGAGAGUUGAUCUUUGAGUGGAAUGCCUUGGAGCAUGUUGACCCGUCUGAAAGCCUAGUGACACUAGGUUCCACAAAGGCCAAUAGCGGAUUGUCCUCCGCCGAAGCAUGGGAUUACUUCCACAUCAACAGUCUCGACAAAAACGAAGAAGGAGACUACCUGCUCUCAUCUCGACACACGAGCACGGUAUUCAAGAUCAACGGCACGGAUGGUUCAAUCAUCUGGCGGCUCGGCGGAAAGUACCCCAGUUUUUCACAAAUCGGCAACUGGACCUUCGGAUUCCAACACGAUGCCCACUGGCAACCGCAGCUCAGCCAGCCCGGGACGGAAGUAAUCUCAUUCUUCGACAACUCUGGCGACGGAACUAUCACAUUUAACGAGGUGUCGCGAGCGUUGGUUGUCCAAAUCAACCACACAGAUAGCACGGCGACAGUUCUCCGCAACGCAACAGCGCCCUACGAUCUCCAAGCCCAGUCCCAGGGGAAUGCACAGCUGCUUUCUGACGACCGAAUCUUCGUCAACUGGGGAUCGGAGGGGGCCUUCACGGAAUUUGGUGCUGAUAAUGAGAUUCUGUACCAUGCCUUUAUCCAGACGGGGUCGGUCAGCUACCGUGGCUUUUUGGCGAACUGGACUGGUACGCCACAGGAAAGCCCAGCGCUGGUUGCGCUAAAAACAGACUCUAAUCUUGUUGAGCUUUACGUGUCUUGGAAUGGGGAUACGGAGACUGCGGCUUGGAGAUUCUUUUAUGUCAACGGGCAGGAGAAGUCGCAGAUUGGCCUAGUUGAUAGGGAUUCGUUUGAGACGGUCUUUACUUGGAAGCCAAAUUUUGGACUGUCUUCCUCUGCGAGAUUUGUUGCCGAGGCGAUUGGCGCGCAUGGGGAGUCUCUUGCACGGACGUUUCCUUUGACUAUGGAAUAA